AAGAAGCCAUUUAAAGUAAUCAUAAACAAUCAAAAGCUGAGUUACUUAAACUUUAUCUUACACUGCCCGUUCCCCGCUUUUUUCCUUUUUUUUCUUUCUUUUUACACUUUUUCAUGUCUCCUUUUAGUCAUCUUUUUGUAUCAAAGAGUCGUAAAGUACCUUUUGAAGUAUCGAUUAUCAUUAGAGAUUUAGUGAAUAUACCACUUGUUAGUGGAUACUAUUAUGUCAGUUGGAAAUUAAAGCACGCAACACACACAGGAGGAUCAACACCAAGUGUUCACAUCAAGGACCACCAAGUAACAUGGAAUUAUCCUAUUAAUACGAUGUCAAAGUUAGUGAUCGAUAAACACCAAAUGCUGAGUGAUUGUGAACUCAAGUUGGAAAUAUACCAAAAAGGCGGUAUCAAAAUUGGUACGUUGAGCAUCAACUUGUCUGAAUAUGCUGGUUCAGGUGUUAUCACUGAGCGAUACCUAUUACAAGAUUGUAAAUUCAAUUCUACGAUAAAGCUUACAUUACGGAUGAAUACUAAAUCCGAUGGUUAUCCACAAUUCCAAACUCCGCCCUUGUCAAGGAAGCAGAUAUUUAAAGAUAUCCCAACUGUUGUUCAUGAGCGAAGUCUGGAUAUUCCACAACAAUAUAAACAACUAAGAAAGUCUCAGUCCGUGAUGUCACUGCCAAAAUAUUGUAAAGUACAAAGUAAUACACUAGAUGAACCUUCACCGGUUGACUUGGUCGAACAAUUGUUUGCACAUUAGAGUUGUACUACAUUUAAACAUAAGCAUAAAUAUAUACAUAAUCAUAAAAAAAAAGAAGCAUAAAAUAAAUAGGGAGGAAUGACUUUACUGUAUGCCAUGAUGAUUCACUUUUGAUGAGGCCUACUUCCAUACUUGGUUAUGUAUGAGCUAAAUUGAAACAAUAUAUUAAUAAGUUGCGCGUAAUAUAUUUCAUAUAUCUUGGUUACCUAAUGAAUUUGCGCAGUUGGAAAUACCAUAAAAAGCAG